UGUUACUACGAUAUAGUACAUAUAUUUCUACUGUUUCUACUGUUUUUUCUAAAAUUCUAUAACACUCAGUUCCAUACUACGAUAGAAAUGGUUUAUUAUUUUCAAUUGAGUUGAUAGCAUGAUCGUAUAAUUGAAUCCUACAUGUAUUCUUACAUGUAUUCUUACAUGUAUUCCUACGUGUAGUCCUACAUGUAUUCUAGUCAUAACCUGUAAAGUAACAACUAAAAAAUGUGACAAAACUAAAUGUAUAUAAUACUAAAAUACUGCAUUAUGACGCUUAGUCCGAAAGAUUUAUCAAAAUUAUUGGAUAUCCUGGAAGAAGAAAACCUGGAUACGAGUUUGGAAAAUCUUUGUAAUCAGUUACAUCAAAUAUUUCCGAAAGAAGAUCGAUUUAAAGUGGGAAUGACAUUGGUUCUCCUUUUACAGCAUAUAGAUUUAUUGCCAAAAAAUGUUCAACGUAUAAUAGCAGUUGCAUUGUUAUUUGACCUUUAUAGAGGAGAAACACUAGCAUCGACACCAUUUGCGCCUGUUUUUGUACAGGUUUUAAGAUCCCAAGAAGAUACAAAUAAUGGAGUACCAAAGACAAAUUUUUCAGGACACAUACCAGUUUUAUCACAAUGUGAAAAAAAUCUUUUAAUAAGUUUACUGGGAUAUAACCAAAAGGACAUUUUAAAGAAAACUCCAAGACAAAUUGUGGAUGAAUUGUAUUUUGUAUCUGUACCACCUGUUGAUUUAAGUAAUUUACAAGUACAACUAGCAGAGCGUCGUUCAGAAUUACCUUCCAUUGCCAAAUGUGGAAAUCCUGUGAUCUUACCUGAUAUGGAUCAUUCUAAAGUAACAGAGAUCGAUAAAAAUGCAACAAAAAACAUGACAGAAGUUUUAACUGCUAAUGACCCACCUUUAUGUAGUCAAAGUUAUCAUCCUGAGUUUUUAAGAUUAGUACCUCCUCUUUAUCGUUCAGUCGAUGAAUUACCAUGGUUCAAUGUUACAGAUCCAUCUCAAUUUACAAUUGAAUAUGAUACUAAUAUGUGUGUCUCAAAUUGUGCUGGUGCAGAAGCUCGCAGAUUAAUGGGCAAAGCGUUCAAAAGUGUACUGACGUUACAACAACAACAGCAUCUUGUUAAUGAAUUGGAUAGAGAUCCAAAACUGGUGUAUCAUAUUGGUCUUACUCCAGGAAAACUACCAGAUUUGGUAGAGAAUAACCCUUUGAUUGCAAUUGAAGUUUUGUUGAAACUUAUGCAAUCAAGUCAAAUAACAGAAUAUUUUAGUGUUUUGGUAAAUAUGGAGAUGUCUCUUCAUUCAAUGGAAGUAGUCAAUAGAUUAACUACUACUGUGGACCUACCUACAGAAUUUGUUCAUUUAUACAUUAGUAAUUGCAUUUCUACUUGUGAAACUAUAAAAGAUCGUUAUAUGCAGAAUCGUUUAGUACGUUUGGUUUGUGUUUUUCUGCAAUCCUUAAUUAGGAACAAAAUCAUAAAUGUGAAAGAACUCUUUAUUGAAGUGCAAGCAUUUUGCAUUGAAUUUAGCCGCAUUAGGGAAGCUGCAGCUCUUUUUCGCCUACUUAAACAACUUGAAUCUGGUGACAUUGGUGGAUUGAAUGCACCACCCACUAAUAAUAAAUUGGAUAUGUGUUAACAUAGUUAAUAAUAUACUUUUCAAAUAUUUAAUAGAAAAUUAAUAGAGCUAUGAAGUUUUGUAACUAUUUUUUUAUGAACAAAAUUACAACGAAUUAAAAUAUUUAUAUAUAAUUGAUGUUUAUGUAUAAUUUUAGUAUUUGAUAAGUAAAUUAUUAGGUAUCAUUUAUUUUCGAUUAAGUGUUUACAUAUUACAUAAUAUUUUCAUUAAAAUAAUUAAAAGAAAAAGUGUUUCUGCAAUAAUAUAUAUAAAGCAUACUUAUUCAUCUCUCAUAAUUUUUGUGCUAGAACUACAUGAAAUAUAUGUAUACUAUCUAUUAUCAUAGAUAUAUUGUAAUAUAUAUGUCUUAAAAAAUAAUGUAUGUUGUUUCCUAAUAAUUAAUAAAAGAUUGCAUAAAUUGCACUUAGGAAAAGAUAAAAUGGACUAUUAUUUGUGCUCAGAUGAAAUAUUUUUUGUUACUAUGUAGUUUUUAAUAUUUGUAUAUUACAUUAUCAAAGUUAAUAAAAUCUUACAAAAUACUAACAUGUCAUAAACAUUUAUUACGUGAAAUAAAGGAUACAAUAGACAUAAACAAUAAAUUUUAAUAUUUAAUUAUA